GCUCGGGAGGGGGGCGGCUGCGGGUGGAGGUGCGCUUCUGACAAGCCCGAAAGUCAUUUCCAACCUCAAGUGGACUUUGUUCCAACUAUUGGGGGCGUCGCUCCCCCUCUUCAUGGUCGCGGGCAAACUUCCUCCUCGGCGCCGCUUCUAAUGGAGCCCCACCUGCUCGGGCUGCUCCUCGGCCUCCUGCUCGGUGGCACCAGGGUCCUCGCCGGCUACCCAAUUUGGUGGUCGCUGGCCCUGGGCCAGCAGUACACAUCUCUGGGCUCACAGCCUCUGCUCUGCGGCUCCAUCCCAGGCCUGGUCCCCAAGCAACUGCGUUUCUGCCGCAAUUACAUCGAGAUCAUGCCCAGUGUGGCCGAAGGUGUGAAGCUGGGCAUCCAGGAGUGCCAGCAUCAGUUCCGGGGCCGCCGCUGGAACUGCACCACCAUAGAUGACAGCCUGGCCAUCUUCGGGCCCGUCCUGGACAAAGCCACCCGCGAGUCGGCUUUCGUGCAUGCCAUCGCCUCAGCCGGCGUGGCCUUCGCUGUCACGCGCUCCUGCGCCGAGGGCACCUCCACCAUCUGCGGCUGCGAUUCUCAUCAUAAGGGGCCACCUGGCGAAGGCUGGAAGUGGGGCGGCUGCAGCGAAGACGCCGAUUUCGGGGUGCUAGUGUCCCGGGAGUUCGCAGACGCUCGUGAGAACAGGCCAGAUGCGCGCUCGGCAAUGAAUAAACACAACAACGAGGCAGGCCGCACGACCAUCCUGGACCACAUGCACCUCAAGUGCAAGUGCCAUGGGCUGUCGGGCAGCUGCGAGGUGAAGACCUGCUGGUGGGCCCAGCCUGACUUCCGUGCCAUCGGGGAUUUCCUCAAGGACAAGUAUGACAGUGCCUCAGAGAUGGUGGUGGAGAAGCACCGGGAGUCCCGAGGCUGGGUGGAGACUCUCCGGGCCAAGUACGCGCUCUUCAAGCCACCUACCGAGAGGGACCUGGUCUACUAUGAGAACUCCCCCAACUUUUGUGAACCCAACCCAGAGACGGGCUCCUUUGGCACCAGGGACCGGACUUGCAAUGUCACCUCCCAUGGCAUUGAUGGUUGUGAUCUGCUUUGCUGUGGCCGAGGCCAUAACACGAGGACCGAGAAGCGGAAGGAGAAGUGCCACUGCAUUUUCCACUGGUGCUGCUACGUCAGCUGCCAGGAGUGCAUCCGCAUCUACGAUGUGCACACCUGCAAGUAGAGAGCCAGGACACUGGCAAGGGGUAAAGUGUGCGGCUGGGCGGAUUCACCGAAGUCCCACGGGAAGCAGGACCUAGAGCCGGCCAACCCUUGGCAUCGGCCAGCAAGGAGCGUGGACUGUUGCCAACUGCACGUGGGAAGUGACCUGGACCCCGCCAGUUUGCCGAUGGGAGGCGCUCCCCCCUCUCCCAUCUUCACAUUUCUCACCCUGCUCUGGACGGUGUGUGGUUUUUACAGAGGGGCUUUCUUUUUAGUUCUCCAGGGUCUGGUAGGAACAGACCCGAGGCUUACCUUUGCACAUGUUAAAGAAAAUAAAAAUGAAAAAAAAAAAAAUCUACUCCAACAGAACAGGCUGGGCUAAUGUGAGCUCUCGGCCUGGUGGGAAGGACAUGAGCGUGGGCAAGAAUCUGUCUCCAAGCUGCUUCUGAUGGUGACAUUCCAAGAUGCCUGUGAGGUGGGAGUUACAAAGUAGGACAAACCCCUGCAGUCUCCUUUUCUGUCGACUCCCAUUCAAAUCUGAUACACUUUCACAUUCUGAUAAAAGCCAUAGGUUUAGCUAGGAUGGAGUGGUGGGGAGGUCCCGGCGAUCGUUAGAGGAGGAUUUUGAGUUUUGAAGAACUAGUUCUGGUGCCCUGGUAAGCUGUUUGAAGAGCAGCCGAGUUCUUCUCAGUCUCACUUUCUCUAUAACCCUGUUCUGCAUGAGAGGCCGUCAGAUCUCAAAAUCUUUUUCUACCAUUCUGCACUUUCCAUCGUUAAUGCAGUAGAUUUUUUUUUUUUUUUGGGUAGUGGGCAUUGUAAAUAGGUCAUGUAGGGGGGCAAGUCUUCUCCAGCUCAAAUGGCUUCCUACAGCAACAAGCAGUGUCUUUGGAGGGGACUUUUCAAUCCUAGUCCUGCUUACCUGCAGAUUCUCCAUAAAAAACAAUUCCAGGUAGAGCAGUAGGACUUCAGGUCAUCAGAGAGAGAGAGAGAGAGAGAUAUCAGGGUUUCCUCUCUAAUCAGACCAGGUUCUCCUGCCACCUUCUCUCUAUGGUCUCUGUGAGUAAACAGAAAUGCAGAGUUCUUUAACACGCUCUUCCCUGUUGCCUGCAUGUGAGAUAGUACCAACGCUUAUGGUUUCAAGGAUCUAGAUUAGGUGUUCAAAGUGGGCAAGCAGUCACUUGCUCCCGGGGGGAGAUCCCCCAGCAGAGUGCUCCUUGAUGCACACCAGUCCUGGUGAGUGUCCUGGAGGCGGCGAACCAAAUGGAGGCAGAUGGCUUUGACAGUCCUGAUCAAUCUGGCGACUCUCUUAAGGAGAAUCACAACAGGGAAACAGCAAAAUAAAGAUUUGUCUUUCCUUUCUCCCUCUCUCUUGGGUCUAUCUAACCCUCACCUAAGGUACCUGGUCAGUGAUUCCCAGUUUGUGCAGGCAGGCUUGCCAAACUGUCAUCUUAAAGCCUGCCUGGCCUUUUGCACCUGCCGGCCAUGAGGCCUGCUAAAGAACCACAUCCCACCCCUCUAGAGUCCCAGACGCUCCUCCCCAUCUCAUCUUAGACUGAAAAGUUUUAAAUCACAUCAACCGGUUAAUGCUUGCUUUAUGUGCGAAUAUUUCAGCAGAAUGGAUACAAAUUUUUAAAACAGUCUUUUCAUAUCUAUGUAUUCUAUAUUAAAAGUGAUAAAGUCAUGUUUUGGGGACGUAUUCAAGUAGCUGACAAGUAAUUAUUUAAUAAUAGUUCAUGAGUGCAUUGUAAUUAUUCUCGCUGUAGUCAGGUCAUAGUAUCCAACGGAAAUUUCCUACCAACCUGCUGUAUCCAAAGUUUUGUAAAAAGUUGUAGAAGUUGUUGAUCUUUUUGAUUUUAUAUUCAAAAAGUCUCUUUUUAUAAAUAUUAUUUAUUAUACAAUGUAUAUACCUUUGAGUUAACUAAGAUUAUAUAUUAUAUAAAUAUAUAUAUAUUUGGAGAAAAUAUAUUUCAUCAUGCAGUUUUUUUCUGUUAAGCCAUU